AUGGAAAAGACAGAUGACAUUCAGAGCUGCCAGGAUAAGCAAGAAGAGGACAUCCCGAAGAGUUCCCCAUUUGGCUUUGUAAUAAAACAGUUCCAAGGGAAGAGAUCCUCUCCUGGAAAAAGAAAAGAGCAGCCUUCAGCCAUCAAAAAAUUCUUCAGGGGCUUUGACUUUGGGAAAUCUGAAGGCAAGGGCAGAAGGGAAAUUGAAGAAACAGAAAUAAACAACUCUGGAGCUGAUGAUGAGAGUGAGAAGCAAGAUCUCUCUGUAGAAGAUGGACUUUCACAUCUCAUUUCUGAAGCGGAGUCACCAUCUGGUGAGCAGAGGUUUAACCAGUUCAUGCAGAAACUGGGAAAGAAACCCAACAGCAAGAAUUUGGAUCUAAAUAAUUGUGCAUUAAGUGCAGCAGAUGUAACAGAGCUGGCUUUUUUUUUGCCGUUUCUCCCAGAGCUGGAAGAGAUCAGCCUGUCCUGGAAUGGCUGUGUUGGUGGGACUUUGAAUGCUCUCACUGUUCAUCUUCAUCAUGUGAACCUGCUAAGAGUCCUUCGACUUAACAACUGCAGGCUGACAGCUGAGGAUGUCACCUCCUUAGGAGAGGCAUUUGAAAUUGUUUCUCAACUGGAAGAACUGGAUUUAUCAUGGAACAGUAACAUAGGUGGAAAACUAUCACUCCUGACAAAAAAAAUCCAGAAAGGGUGCAAGUUAAAACUUCUGAAAAUUACAGACUGUAACCUGACAGCAAAGGAUGGAGAAUCCCUUGCUGAAAUUCUAAAUGUGAUCCCAAACCUCGAAGUAUUAGAUCUCUCUAUCAACAAACACAUCGGCUGCAGCAUGAAGGUUAUUGCUCAGGAUCUGAAAAAUGUGCCAGGCUUGAAAGAGUUAAACUUGCACAUGUGUGGAUUAAAGCAAGACAGCCUCCAGGGCUUAGACACUGCUUUACAGCACCUUGCAGCACUAAGAAAAUUAGACAUAUCAUGUAACAAAGAGAUUGGUGGUGGCUUUAAAGACUCAACAGCUCAUUUGGCCGGCUUGAAAAACCUCGAAGUCCUUGAUCUCCACCAGUGCUGUGUAACAGAAGAGGACGUGACCGUUUUGUCCCAGGUGAUACCUUUGCUCUCCAGUCUUCAAGAGCUGAAUUUAUCCUCGAAUAAAAGUGUAGGAGUCUCAUCUGAUCCUCUUCUGGGCAGGCUCAGGUUUUUACCAAAGCUGAAAUCUGUGGCCAUCAGCAAUUGUGGUUUAGGUGAAGAGUCGUUUUCAUCACUGGCUGAGGCUGCCCUUCACCUUCCUGAACUGGAGAUAUUAGACCUUUCUUGGAAUAAGUGCGUUGGUGGGAACCUAAAGCUGCUUUUGGGAGCACUAAAGCUUGCAACGGAGAUUCAAGUGUUAAGACUGAGCAGCUGUAACUUGGUGGCUGAAGAUUUGGCACUUCUAACCUUACUGACGGAGGAUGGCCAUCUAGCCAGAUUACAGAAGCUGGAUUUGAGUUAUAACAACAGCAUCUCUGAUGAAGGGUGGGUCGUUUUCUGUCAAGGCUUAGCAGUAUUCAAAGAACUCUCAGAGCUGGAUGUCAGUCUUCGCCCAUUGUCCUGCCGUGAUUGUGGGCCGUGGUUUAGCGAGUUGUUAGCAGCCCUGACAAAGCUGCCUGCCUUGACAGAGCUGGGGAUGCAAAGAUGGGUCCUUUCAGAAUCACAGCGAAAAAGACUGGAAAGCUUUAAUCAAGACAACAAAAGAAACAUUCGUUUUGACUGUUGAUGGAGGUUGAAGGUUUCUGGAAGGCCUUUCACAAGCAGCAGAUGAACCAAGUAUUACGUGUCUCUGAUUUAGAAGACUGCCCAGUUUUUAGUAAUCUUGUCUCAUGAGAGCUCUUGAAAUAGUUCCACAAUUACAGAAAACUGUUAUUUAACCUUCU